AUGAGUUUACGAUCAAAAAGAUAUCUUACCCUUAUAGUGCAGCGCACUCCUCGGAUACAUCGCCGUCACGGUAUUACUCUCCCACGGCCCAUUCUUCUAGCUGUACCACGCAGUGCACCCCUUCGACCAGACAUUGCGCUUCAGGCUCUCGGCUGCAUACCGGUUGAAGGCGCGCACGAUCGAGACUUUUACCACGACGGACCUGUUCAGUUAGCCACUGAUCCCCGGAGCUCUACAACCCAACAUUCAACUUCUUGGUACAAGCUCAGGUCAGGGUUUGACCUCAGGCAACGAUGCGCCUUUCUCAUGGACAAACGACGCAUGGAGAAAUGCUUAAAGGAUAUCAAAGAGUGGAUUGCGUACAUCAAGGACGUGAUGAGGGGAGAAGAUGAGCAAGCAUCCAUCCAGAGACAACCCUUACCCACGUGCUCUACGAUCGAGUUUGCCUUUCCAGUUGACAAGAUCCAAAAGGAUGCUGCAGAAGUGCACCAAUGCCUUCUCACGAGGAGAUGCGCAGAGAAACCGCACUUGACAUACCUGCUACUGGAACAACGCCUUUUACGCUCUAAGCCGACGCGCCAAGAGAAUAACAGAGGUCUUCCUGUGCUCUAUGCUGCCGUUAAACCGCGUCACUUUCAUCUCCGACUCGCCGGAGAGUGCUACGAGGAGGAUGGCCCUUUUGAAGCCGAGUUCACGCUUUUACCGACGGACAUUCAAAGUCCCCGGGAGGGAGGAGGAGCAGUCACGAGCGUCACUUACAGGCCGUCAAGACAAACGCAAGAGAUCACCGACCUGUGCGAAUACGCCAAGAGCCCACGGCCACGCGGUGUUGGAUUGUAUCUGCACCGGGCACAGGCGCUACAAGGACAUCCACUUGUUGACCAACCGGUACCAGAUCCUCCAGAGGAAUACGAAUCGCUAUGGUCGCUUUUGUCGGGGAUCGAAAGCAACGCAACCAAAUUAUCUUUGGCCCUCACUUUGGCUUCAUCGGUUUUGCAGCUAUCCGGCACACCUUGGUUCGCCCAUGGCUGGACAGGAGAUGACAUUGUAUUUGCCGGUUCACAGGGCAAAACAGUCAUUGGCGCCCAACCCCCGUAUCUUGUCAAAUGUUUUCCUCCAAACCAAAGGGACGAGGGCGGGAACGUCGCUAGCCACAGUUCACGACUAUGUUAUCUCAGUCUGGCAAUCGUCUUGGUGGAGAUAUGGACGGGAGAGCCGUAUGAAGGAUCCCGACCCGCAGAUGAUGCCAGCACGCUCAUUGAUCUCUUCGACAUCGUCGAGUUCAUCAAUCCCCAACGGCCCUUUAUGGGUCCCGGGUUUCAGGGCGCAGUGGACGCGUGCAUACGGGAAGUCACCGUCGGUUCCAUGGGGAGCGCUGUUCUCCAACCUCUUGAAGAUGAGAUACAAGAUAUACUUCGCAGGAAACCCAAUGAGCACCGCUAAGCACAACGCUCAACGGUAGGCGUCAGCGGCGGAGACUAUGAGCAGGACGUCGGUUGGCCAUGCGGCGAGUUCCAGCUUUCCCAAAUGUGCCUGUCGUGGCAGGCUUCAAGUGGACGUGGCAGUGGGAGUAAUGGACAGGAGGUAGAGAUUCAAACGCAGACGAGCAGCUAGUAUUUGGUUAAUCUAAUGGGCGUUUUGAAGUACCUAGACAAAAGUACCUAUAUCUGUAUACGUG